CAUAAAUACAAUCACCAUCAUCUUCACGAAAAUGUAAAAGUAAAACCUCUGAAUCAUAAAAAUGGCCGAAGUGGUGAGAAACAAGCAGGUGCUACUGAAAAACUACGUCGAUGGAUUCCCCAAAGAAUCCGAUAUGGCGGUGACUUCUGAUGCCACCAUCAAUCUGGAGCUACCCAAGAAUGAACCCGGCUCGAUUUUAACAAAGAAUCUGUACCUUUCCUGCGAUCCGAUGAUGAGGAAUCGCAUGACACAGACAUACGAAGGAGCCUACAUGGAUUCCUUCACUCCUGGUUCGCCUCUAGUCGGAGUCGGAGUAUCGAAGAUCGUGGAUUCUACUCACCCUGACUUCAAAAAAGGCGACUACAUCACCGGACACGUUAACUGGGAAGAAUACAGCGUGAUUCGAGAUCCACAGUUCCUAACAAAGAUCCAUAACACAGAUGUUCCUCUUUCAUACUAUACAGGAAUCCUGGGUAUGGCGGGAAUGACUGCGUAUGUUGGUUUUUACGAGUUUUGUUCUGCGAAGAAAGGAGAGUAUUUCUUCGUGUCCGCAGCUUCGGGAGCCAUCGGGCAUAUCGUCGGGCAGUUCGCGAAACUUGCUGGCUGUUAUGUUGUCGGAAGUGCUGGAUCUAAAGAAAAGGUUGAUUUACUUAAGAACAAAUUUGGAUUCGAUGAGGCUUUCAACUACAAAGAAGAAGAAAACCUCAAAGCAACAUUGAAAAGGUAUUUUCCAGAAGGUAUUGAUAUUUACUUUGACAAUGUUGGGGGGAAGAUGCUCGAUGCGGUGCUUCCAAACAUGAGGCUUCAUGGGCGUAUUGCUUCUUGUGGGAUGAUAUCGCAAUACAACAAACUUGAUCAACCCGAAGGCGUGUACAACCUCCAACAUGUCUUUUUCAAACGUCUGAAAAUUCUAGGGUUUACAUUUUAUGAUUUCCUUCAUUUGUAUCCUAAGUUUUAUGAUUUAAUUUUUCCUCUCAUUCGAGAAAGAAAGAUUGAGUAUCUCGAGGACACUACUGAAGGCAUUGAGAAUGGCCCGGCAGCUCUCAUUGGCUUGUUUUCCGGCAGAAAUGUUGGAAAGCAAGUUGUAGCUGUGUCACACAACUGAGCCACUCUUUUAUUAUUAUUUUUUUGUACUGAAGUUGUUUUUUUUAAUAUGAAUAAGUUAUAGUGAGUUUUAGAUAUGUUAUAAAUAAGAUGUUUAGUAUUAUAAUACAUGAAUAACAUAUAUGGAAAUGUAUCUUUCCUUUUAAUGUGAA